GAGAUGAAACGUGAACAAAUUGAACGAAAACUGCAAGAAAAGCUAAAAAAGGAGCAUGAAGAAUUGGUGGAAAAUAUUAAAAGGGAGGAACAAGAGAGAAAAGAAAGAAUUGUCAGAGAAAGGAGAGAGGCUGAAGAAAAAAGAACAAAUGAGGCGUCUGUAGUGCAAACUAUCGCAAUACAGAAACGACAAGUGGCAUUAGAAUCAUCGUCAUUAAUAUCUUAUAAUGAAAGUGGGAAAAUUGAAGAGAGCAGUAUCAUUAAUGAUUUUGAAAUUGAAAUUACUGGGCGUAAUCAAAAUGAAAAAUCUGGUAAAACACGUGAUGAAAAUAAGAUGGAAGUUGAUAAACAUGAGGAAAAAGAUGAAAAUAAAUCACCAAAAGAGAGUACUGAAAAUGAUGCUCAUACUAAAGAGUCAUCGGCUGCCGAAGCCAUGGAAACUACGGUAAGUAAUAAUGAAGGGAAUAUCAACACUGAAGAACCAGCAGCCAAUGAAGAACUCGCUGAUAGCAAAGAUGAUCCUGUUGAAUACUAG